AUGUCACCACCACCAGAACCCACUCCCACCCUCCCCAUCGACCCAUUCGACAACCCAGAAGAUGAAAUCCCCCUCCAGCAAAAACGCCCCUUCGGCUCUGGCCUCUACCGCAACCCGGUAACCUUUGUCCCGGCAUCCUCCUCUCUCAAGACAGUCUCCACCGACGAGCCAGCAUGGGAUACGUCAAAGUCAAUAUCCGACCUCUAUCUCGGUCUCGUCCUCCCACCAGAACCAAAACCACCCAUGGGACAUGAAAACUCCCCAGAUAACAACCACUCAGAUCCCCCAUCAACAAAACCCUCCCCAACACCCCCCCUCUGCCCAAGUUGCAACCUCCCCAUCCUUCCCAACCACGAACUCUCCCUCCCCCACCAACUCUCCCUCCCCCACUCCCACCCCCCCUCUUCCCUCGACCGCUCCCGCAUGGGGUUGCAGUAUCUAUCCUCCCAAGGUUGGGAUCCAGAUUCCAGAAGGGGUUUGGGGUCUGAUCAGCAGGGUAUCGCACACCCCCUCAAGCCAAAGCCAAAAGACGACAGGCUUGGGUUAGGGGUUGAACUUCCAAAGGGAACAAAAAAUAUACCACGGCCUAAAGAGAAAUUACUAGACGCCAAAAAAGCCAGAAAGCAAUACGAGCAAGAAAAGAAGAAAAAGGGCAGGAUAAUGAAGGAGUUGUUUGCCGAGGAUAAGUGGGAAAAGUACCUAGGCAGCGAGGCGUCUUGA